AUGUGCAAUAUCUUCUACCUCGUCUCGGAUUGUCCAGUGUGCUCGAAAUCCAUAGAGCUGGGACAUAUCGACCACCCCUGCUUCCAGAUCGGCAACACCAGCAACUCCAAGAUCGGCACCUGCGGCACUGUCACCUCGCGACUGGUACCAGGCCCUCAAGACAUCGUCUGUCACGCAUGCUGCCGAAAAGCCCUGCAGGAAAAGAAAAAAUGGGAGGAGGAGGAAAAGGGAGAGAAACGAAUCAGGAUCAGGGAGGAGAGCAAGACAUCCCCCUUUCGAAGUUCCGUCAUGUCGCCGGUCGACAAGCGCCGCAAGGCCAUGGCUCACUUAGACUCUGUCAUUGCGGCCCCUUCUGGCUCAUCCCCGACUAUUCGACGAGUAUUUCCUCUUGUCGGAGAUGUGAUUCAGGCUCGACACGAGAAUGAGACGGAGAAUGAGUCUGCACUUGACCCAAACCUGUCACAAGAGUCCCAGGACAGCGCCCUGGAUGGCGACGACGACGGCAACCACAUCGAGGGUUUCGAAACGAUUGCAAAAGAGUCCCAGUACGAAGAAGCAGAGCAGGAGGAAGAGGAGACCCUAUCGUAUCCUAGCACGACAGAAGGCCUCGCACAAGAAGUUUCGUCCGCCGAGUUGAAGUGCCGCAUCGGAGAGAAGCAGCGAGAGCACAUACUCCACGGAGACACAAACAUCGAAGCUCCGAAAGAAGCUCCCAGCUCCGGCCCCAGCCCCGUCGACAUGAGAGCAGCCCUCGCGAAGAGCAGAGCUCAGCCGCCUCUGCUCCGGACAGUCAUAGCCUCAGACCCCGACUCCAUACACCAGCAGACGCCACAGUCCGCGACGGAGCUGCGCAUCGAGUCGCCCUGGGACACCAAGGCCGAGGAACCGCUCGCGGAGGACGACCCCUGGUGGUACCCCGAGAUCUGGGGCCCCGCGAAGCACCUCCCCGCCGAGCUGGCGAGGUUCCUGGACCGCCUGCCGCCCGCGUACGACUUCCACGGCCACCGCAUCUACAUCUUCUGCGACGAGAUCGAGUACAAUGCUAUCGAAGAGUGCGUGACGGUCCUGCUCGUCACGCCGGACGGCACGCGGGCGAGGAUCGUCUCGGGCGGACUGUACGACGAGGGCGCGCGCCUUGUGACGAACCGGCAGCUGGCCCGGGUGCGGUACGAGGAGCUCUCGAGCGAGGAGAGGGAGAAGAUGGCGCGGGGCGAGCAGUGCUGCAUCUUCUACCCGUGCCGGGUGGCGUGCUGCCCGAUGCUGCACAAGGACGGCCAGCACCAGCCCAUGGCGCCCAAGGGCGAGACCCUGCUCUCCGCCAUGGAGAGGGGCUACGAGUGGAGGAAGGACUGGGAACCUGAGAGCCCGCGGCCGUCACCGUCGGCCCCGUCGCAUCCGCCGGGCGGGCUUCCCACGCUACCGGGACACUGGUUCCCCAUCGCCAACGAUUGGCGACGGGCGCCGUCGCCGGAGCUCGGCGCCGAGCAAGAGCGCUCCGGCAGGUGUUUCUCGGACGAUUCCAUGCCUGAGACCGAGACCGGAGACGAAAGGGUUGGACGGUUCGCGUUUAGAGGACGAGUCGGCAGGAUCCGGCCGGGAUAUCACCAUGCUGGGACGCGAGGGGAUGGCUCUCCGGUGCCUCGUGACCAGCGAGCACGCCGUCCGAUGCCGUAG